AUGGACAGUAUACGCUGCUUUGAGGCUUGCGUUAAUAGUGUCAGAUGGAGUUUUUCCGGAAGAUACCUCGCCUCUGGCGGUGAUGAUAAGUUAGUAAUGGUUUGGAGUUUUUCCAAAUAUGCUGGAGGGAGUAAUCCUGCUUUUGGGAGUGGUGGGAAGAUGAAUGCAGAAUCUUGGCGCUGCAUAUCUACUUUACGAGGCCAUAAUGGAGAUGUCUUAGAUUUAGCCUGGUCACCUCAUGAUGUGUGGUUAGCCACAUGCUCUGUUGAUAACACAAUCAUAAUUUGGGAUGCUGAUAAAUUACCGCAAAUGGUCACAAUUUUAAAAGGUCACACUGGACUAGUGAAAGGAGUUACUUGGGAUCCAGUGGGCAAGUAUUUGUCUUCUCAAUCUGAUGAUAAAAGUUUAAGAAUUUGGAGGACGAUUGAUUGGCAGCAAGAAGCUGUCAUUGAGGAGCCUUUCAAAGAGUGUUCCGGCACAACUCUUUGCCUGAGACCCAGUUGGUCACCUGAUGGCCAGUAUUUAGUCUCCGCACAUGCUAUGAAUAAUGGCGGUCCAACAGCACAGAUCAUUGAAAGAGAUGGAUGGAAAAGUGAUAUGGACUACGUUGGUCAUCGCAAGGCUGUCACUUGUGUGAGAUUUAGCAGCGUCAUGGUCAAAAAACUAGUGGAAAGUAGCAAGAAAUCACAACAGGCAUAUGCAUGUGCAUGUGCAGUAGGAUCUCGAGAUAAGUCAGUGUCUGUUUGGCUUACUUCCCUGAAAAGACCACUAGUCGUGAUUCAAGAUCUCUUUGCUGCUCCAGUUCUCGACAUUACCUGGUCUUCAUCAGGUCUGAGUCUGAUGGCUUGCUCUCUUGAUGGCACUGUUGCUUACUUUGAAUUCACCGAAAAGGAGCUUGGGAAAGCAAUGUCACUUGAAGAUAAGAAUGCAGCCUUCGAGAAAAUCUAUGGGACUUCGCUUCUCAAUAAACAGCGCAACUCCUCCCUAAUCAUUGAGAACCCAGAGAUCCUUGCAGCCAUCGAAAACAGGACAUCUAAAAAGGGCGACACUGCCCAAGUGAACAAUAGUGCCUCAGAACAUACUUCAGAGAAACCACAAGUAUCUAUAUCUAACUGCAAUGCUUCAGCCUCUGUAAAAUUGAUACCAACAAACAAACAGAUCGAAACAAGAACGUCUGAUGGAAGGCGGAGAAUAACACCUAUCUUCAUUCCAGCCGCACCAGACACUGGAGAGGCUCCUGCACCUUUCUGCAGCGACAAUGUUCAGUUCUCCAGUUCUUCAGAGGCCAAGAGUAAAAUUAUAGUCGAAAAGCGGGAAGAUAUAGUUGUGAAACCCAAUGUAACUCCAAGCAAUAGCAACAGUGAACCAUUGGUGGAAAAUACAAAUGUGCCUCCAAACAAACUAACAACUUAUUCCUCAAUCGGAGUGACUCUCUCCGUGAAUGUGGGGAAACAAGCUUCCAAAAGACCAGCUGAGAAAAUCGUAAGAGGCUCUCUGACAAAUAUUCUCACACCGAUGAAGAAACCUAAAUUUAUGCAUGGAAAAACCACAAUGCCAGAUAGUCUAACUGCAACAGUUCCUCAUCAACAAUCUAGUAAAUUUUCAUCUGCAAUCUCAGAGAACUCAAAGUCAUUGAAUCUACCAUCUUUAGAGCUACAACCAUUUGAGAGGAUAGAAAUUUCUAAUGGCCAGGAGCUUAGAAUAAAGAAUGAUUUCAGUCCAAGCCUCUAUGGCGCCAUCACGGUAGUUCAAAUGCAAAAAGACAAUGAUAAUGUCAUUUGGGAGCAAGCUUUUGGCUCUCCGGUCUGUGGCUGUGUUAUCAAUUCUAAAUAUGUUGCUCUUGCAUUCUCGGACACUCUCCAUCUUCUCAGUAUUAAGACAGGAAUGCAUAUUAUAUCACCUAUUGUACUUAAGGCAUUACCCAGUUAUAUUCAUCUGAACAGCAAGUCUUUCCUUUUAUAUCUGGUUUCAACCGGACAUUUGAGUGUGAUCUGCGUAGAUACUCUGAAGACAACUCUGUCUGACAUUAGCAUUUUCCAUUUGUUCCACCAGCAAAAUGGUGGUGAAGUCAGUCUGAGAAACUGUACAGUCUCGGAAAAAGGAGUUCCAAUGAUAGUAUUAUCAACUUUACAAUCCUAUGUGUAUUCAUCGGACUUCCAUUCAUGGCUUCUAGUCAGUAAUAAUAGAGAUGCAAUGGUUCGAAAUUCUAUUCAUCAAACUAGGAAUGAUCCUUCGGCAGUUCUGAAAGCCACAGGAGAGCGAAAUCUUCCCUUACAUGCGCUACAACACCAUAACUUCUCAAGUGGCUCCAUGCUGGUUCGAAGCUCAGAGUUGACACCCAUGUGUACAUUUGCAUUCUUAGAGCGCCAACUAAUAGCAUGUAAGACUCUAGAAUCAAGUAUUGAGUAUAAGUUUUGGUUGUUGGCAACUGUGAGGUAUCUUCUUCAGCAAGGAGAUGAAAGAAAAUUGCGUAUAAUUUUCGAAGAUUUAUUAGGCCCUACUCAUAGUGGAGUUAAAGUAAAAUCAUCUUGGGAACCUACUGUUCUGGGUUUGUCUAAGCAUGAACUCCUGCGCUCAGCCUUGAAUGAAGCAGCUUCCUCCUUGCAAGUGCAAAGGCUCUACACCGAAUUCAGUGAUCAGCUUAACUCAGCAACCAUGGACCUUUGAAGAAUUUUUGUAUUACAUGGUCUUUAAUUGUACAAAGUUAAUUAUCUGAAUUUUUUGCCAGUGAAAAACUUAUAUUCAUGUGAUAAAGAUUUUAUCCUUUGUAAGUUAGCUGUGCUCACCAAUUUUUGUUUUAGGUAUUCUCUUGCUGAGCUUGUUUCAUUUACUUCUUGCAACAACCAAGAUUCUGGAAGAAAAAUAAUUGUUUUGUAUUGUGAACUCUUCCUAUUUAUUUUCAGUUUUUGCAAUGAGCUGAAAGCUUCAGGUAGUGUCCUCCGGUAGGGAGUAACACAGGCUGACCUGUAACUUUUUUAGGUUGUAAUAAACAAACUUUCUUUUCAUAUUUUA